GUUAAAAAUCUCCCACAUACUAGACUCCGUACUAUAUCCUUUUGUUCGGAUAGCAUUGCAAGGAAAAAAGCGUAAGAAAAGAACAUGAGGCAGGUUGAUGCUGUCUGGUUUGAGGACUGCUACUUUCAAGCUCAUUGAAAGAGAAAGGGAUUCUACAAACCCUUCUUCCAUCUGGGUGUUUCUCAAUGGCUGCCACUUCUUCCGCUCUCAGCAGAACCUUAUCGUGUUCACCUUCUCUAUUUCUCUCCAAGCCCCAUAACCGUCAAAACUCCCCGUUGUUAAUUACACUUCCAGGCCGUCCUCAUCAUUUGGCGAUUCGUGGCUGCUCCUCUGAUUUGGGCCCCUAUCACGACCCCAUUAGCGUCAGAAAAUCCCAAUUUUCUUCCACGACCCCGUUUGGUGUCAUAAUGGACAAUGAUACCCUGUCCAAACCAUCAUUCAGAUGGCGUAGGGUUUUGCUUAAAGUAAGUGGUGAAGCACUAGCUGGAGAUCAAAUCCAAAAUAUUGACCCAAAGAUCACAAUGUCUAUAGCGAGAGAGGUUGCAUCUGUUACUAGACUUGGCAUUGAGGUCGCGAUUGUGGUCGGUGGAGGAAAUAUUUUUCGUGGAUCAUCAUGGGCAGGAAUUAGUGGCCUUGAUCGCUCUUCUGCUGAUUACAUUGGGAUGUUAGCCACUGUUAUGAAUGCAAUUUUUUUGCAAGCUACAAUGGAAAGCAUUGGCAUCCCAACAAGAGUCCAGACUGCAUUUAAAAUGUCUGAAGUUGCUGAACCAUAUAUACGUAGAAGAGCUGUCAGGCAUCUCGAGAAGGGCAGAGUGGUAAUAUUUUCUGCUGGAACUGGAAACCCUUUCUUCACAACUGAUACUGCAGCAGCCCUCCGCUGUGCUGAGAUAAAUGCUGAGGUGGUGCUGAAAGCAACAAAUGUUGAUGGUGUUUAUGAUGAGGACCCUAAGCGAAACCCCGAGGCUCGUCUUCAGGACUCUCUUAGUUAUCAAGAUGUGAUAUCUAAAGAUCUUUCUGUAAUGGACAUGACUGCUAUUACGCUGUGCCAAGAGAACAAUAUUCCCGUUGUUGUCUUUAACCUCAACAAACCGGGCAAUAUUGCUAAAGCCAUUAAAGGAGAACGAGUCGGCACGUUGAUUGGUGAUACAUGGAAUUCUAAAGCAGCCAUGGCGUAGAGCAAUAUCGCAACAACGUUUUGGCUAGUUGGUUGGUAAGGUGGAAUUUACAGCCCAGGCCGGCCAUGGAGUGGCGACUGGCGAGUAAGAAAUAGGCCUUCGAAUCUUAGUUUUUCCAGAACUGGACAUUCUUCACUCAUUUUUAAUGGAAUUUUUUUAUUUUAUAAUACCUAGAAGUUAUUUCAUUGUAUUUUCUACCUUUGCUCUUCACAGUUAGUGAAAGUAACCAUUGCCCCCCUUAAAUUAGGAUUGAUGUGUUAUAGCUAUACUUAUGGAUGGGAUUUUUCCUAAAAACUAACUUAAUACAUUUAAUUGAUAAAUAUGUGAUUAAAGUUAUUAUAAAUACAAUGUGAUUAAAGUUGAAUA